UCUGUGAACCUCAGCCAAGCGUCAACAGGGGCCACGUUGAGCUGUCGGCCCAGUGUUAAAACUGCAUCGGGUUGAGAAAUGUCAAAGUGCAGGCCGUAAGCUCAUCCAUCAUGGUUGCAGGGCUGCCCGUGCCACACUGCACCGCGCUACGCCACACCAGCCCACGAACCUGCUGCCUGGCCGCGACUCAUGCCCGCAGUCGCUCGUCGACACCAGCUGGACGAGAGAAUUGCCACAUUUGCCAAACGCAACCAAACAACCCCUCAAAACACACCUCACUCAACCACCACGGGCCGCUUGGAAUAGGACAAAGCCACGCUGAGGGACAUGGCAGGGCCUCUGCCCUCUCCUGCUCACGUGCUGUUGGUAGUGUGCAAGCUGUGCGUGCUCCACCACGCCCACGCCGGAGCGUACUACGGGCACAAGCCCCAGCAACACCAGCCCAUGCCACAGAUACCUCACGCACCCCUUGGAGCCCAGGAGCCGUACCCACAGCAGCCGUACUACGGCAACGAGAUGCCCAUCCUCCCCCAGUACAGGGAAGAGAGCCACCCGCUUCCCAUGCCACUGGGCAAGGGGAUCCCGAUGGGCAAGGGCAUCCCCAUGGGCAAGGGUAUCCCAGUGCCCCAGGGGAAAGGAAAAGGACAGACUAUUCCCGAGGGACCUGUAGGUGAGGCUGGACCUGUGGGACCGCAAGGACCUCCCGGGCCAUCAGGUCCACCUGGGUUACCAGGGCACGGCAUGCCAGGACAACCAGGAAAGCCAGGCCCACCUGGCCCACAAGGAUACCCAGGAAUCGGGAAACCAGGAAUGCCAGGUAUGCCGGGCAAACCUGGAGGGAUCGGACCACCGGGACCAAGGGGAGAGUUAGGUCCAGGUGGCGGAGAAGGGCCAGUUGGGUUGCCAGGACAACCCGGCCUCCCAGGUCCUCCAGGAUUGCCAGGUAUUGGAAAAGGUGGUGGGCAAGGAUUACCUGGACAGCCAGGGGGGCGGGGAGAACCUGGUCACAAGGGUCUGCCAGGACUUCCUGGACUUCCCGGUCCAAAAGGAGACAGAGGAGUCGGUCUCCCGGGAUUGCCAGGAGUUAAAGGUCCACCAGGACCACCUGGGGGACCAGGACCAGGUGGCCUACCUGGCGUAGGGAAACCUGGCUUAAAUGGUCUUCCGGGAGUCCCCGGGGCACCAGGGAAGCCUGGAGGCCCAGGGGAACCAGGACUGGCUGGUGAGCCGGGUGAAGGAGGGGCGCCUGGACCGCCCGGUCUGCCAGGCAUGGGAAAACCUGGAUUUGAUGGAUUACCUGGAAAACCAGGAGCUCCUGGCGGCAAGGGUGAAUCUGGCCCACCUGGUCUUCCUGGGGGACCUGGAAUGCCUGGUUUCGGAAAGCCAGGGUAUCCAGGUCCUAAAGGUGACAAAGGACAUAAUGGCUUACCUGGUGCACCUGGAGGUAAAGGGGAGAAAGGUCAUGGAGGUCAACCAGGGAUGAUUGGCCCACCCGGACCUAAUGGACCUCCAGGACUUCCAGGACACAUUGGACCUCCUGGGGGCAUUGGUUUCCCAGGGCAAAAAGGAGAAGGUGGACUCAUAGGGCCAAAGGGCCCUCCUGGCCCGAAAGGUGAAGCAGGGCCUCCUGGGCUUCCAGGAAAGCCUGGAUUUUCAGGGGAUGUGGGCCAACCAGGACCAAGAGGCGUUCCAGGAUCAAUUGGGCCACAUGGAGAAAAUGGGCAUAAAGGUUUACCCGGUCUUCCAGGUGUGCCUGGAAAGCCGGGACCCAAAGGUGAGGGUGGAUACCCAGGGGAUAAAGGCUCUCAAGGACCAAUAGGAAUUCCAGGUCUGAUGGGACCAGCUGGACCGUUAGGUCCUCCUGGACUUCCAGGACACAGGGGUGAACCAGGGGCGCCGGGUAAACCAGGAUACCCUGGAGAAGGAAAAUCAGGCUUUCCAGGCCCCGUUGGCCCCCCUGGAAAACCAGGAGCCGGAGGCCUUCCAGGUCAACCAGGCCAACCAGGUCAGCCAGGACCACCAGGACCCCCUGGACCUCCUGCUCCCCCUCCAGACCUCUCGCAAAUUCUUCCUGAAGGUGGGUUGGAUGGCCAGAGGCAAGGCCCAUACAAGGGCAAAGGUAAGCCUGGGGUAGAACUCCUCGGCAGAGGUGGACUUGAGAUGCCAGCGUUCACAGCACAGCUCACCAAACCUUUCCCCCCAUUUGGCACUCCGGUAGUCUUCGACAAAGUCCUGUAUAAUGGUCAGCAGAACUACAACCCACAAACGGGCAUCUUCACCUGCAACGUUCCCGGGAUCUAUUACUUUGCUUACCACGUCCAUUGUAAGGGAGCCAAUGUUUGGGUUGCACUGUAUAGAAACAAUGAACCAGUAAUGUACACGUACGAUGAAUACAAAAAAGGCUUCCUGGAUCAAGCAUCCGGAAGUGCAGUACUGCCUCUGCAGGCAGGAGACACAGUGCACAUUCAGCUACCAUCUGACCAAGCAGCAGGACUCUAUGCUGGACAAUACGUCCAUUCGUCAUUCUCUGGAUAUUUAUUGUACCCCAUGUAAAAAAAUAAAUAAAUGUAUGAAUUUAAAAGGGGGGAGGGCUGGCAAAAUGAUGCCAAUGUCUUUUCAGACCCAAAACAUUAAUGACGUCUUGGUGUGAAAUGUUGCCAUAUUUGAUUCAAUUUUGAGUGAAUGUGUUAGCAUUAAAGCAAAGCCAACUAUUGCACUGUUAAUAUACAUGUAUUAAAAACACUUGCAAGAUAUCACGCUUCCAACUACAGAUAAAAACAUGGUAUACGAUGCAUUUAAAAAUUCACAUUGUUCAGUAUAAAAUUUUGAGUGCUGUUGGGAAGUAUUUGAUGCAUUUAUGUUAUUUGGGUUGGGGGUGGGGGGAAUGGCCAUUUUUGUCAGGCCAAUUGACAAGUACAUUUCGGUAGGUGGAUACAGCGACAGUCAUAUCAUAAUGGUCAUUUUUGGUUUCUUAGUAUUACUUUUUUACCCUGUAGUACAAGACUGUAAAGAUAUGGGCAAUAGAUAAACACUGUAUUUCGAAUUAACCUGUUUACCCAUCACUUAUACCAAAAACUACUCACACAUUUCUCUGGUCUGUGCUGUAGUAUUUAAAAAUAACAAAAUGGCCAUAUUACAGUUUAUCGUCACACACCUUUGGAGAUCAACCACUGGCAUCUCAUAAACAUCUACACAUCUACAGGUACAUAUGACACGUUUUCAUUUUAUGGCAGUUUGCAAUGUUAAUGCAUGUAACAUUUAAAUUUCAAAACUCAUAUCCAUACAUACAGUAUACUACUUGUGACUUUUUAAGAAAUCAUAUCUUUCACUGUCUAUGAGGACCUCAACCUGAGCUUACAAAUGCAUACUGCAACUAGUAUAGUAGUGGUUUGCAAACUUGCCUCAAGGUUCAUUAUGUGUAACAAUAUGAGAAAUAAUCUAAUGACUACACAUAAAUAUGUAUAUGUGUUCAUAAGACAUGUUUGUGCGUUUGUAAUGUUUAUUACAAGGGAGUAAUGUUCAAAGCAAAACACCUAAAUGAAAGUGAAAUCCUAUGAAUGAAGGAUUUAAGACUUAGGUAGAUUUCAAAUGCUUUACAGUCUGUAUUAUUCUUUGUAAUUUAUUUGUUUUACUACUGAGUGCCUACAUUUGUAUAUGUGCUAUGGAUAUGAAGGGAAAUUAACAUGAUUUUGUAACAAUGGUGCUGAACAUUUAUUCAAAUACUGAACUUAUUUCAAUGUUUCUACAAAACUAAUUUUUUUAAAUAAAGGUAAAUGAAUUACA